AAAGGUUUGAGAGGUUCAUUUUGGCUUGGUAUUUUUCGCAGAAUCAAAAUUUCCAACGAAAGAUGAAGAACAUCCUGCAACGCGCCGCGAGUCGCUGUGGUCCCCUACGCGCCACCUUAGCCCGACAAUUCUCCACCGACGCAUUGGUCGAGGCCAAAUCAGCCGAGAUCGGAUUAGUUUCUGGAAUCCCUCAGGAGCACCUUCGUAGGAGGGUUUUGAUUUACUCUCCUGCUAGAACUGCUUCUCAACAAGGAUCUGGGAACGUUGGAAGAUGGAGGAUCAACUUCUUAUCAACUCAAAAGUGGGAAAAUCCACUAAUGGGAUGGACAUCCACUGGGGACCCAUACGCUCAUGUUGGUGAUUCUGCCUUGAGUUUUGAUAGUGAAGUAGCAGCAAAAGAAUUUGCAGAGAGACAUGGUUGGGAAUAUGUGGUCAAGAAGCACCACACACCAUUGCUGAAGGUUAAGACAUAUGCAGACAACUUUAAAUGGAAGGGUCCACCUAAAACUGCUGAACAGUGAUUUUCUGUUUGUAUUGUUCAUGUGUUUUAUCUUUUAAGGAGUUUCUUAGUGAAGCUGUUUUCUCUGCAUCUUUUCUCGGAAAAGAGGUUUAAAUGUCAAAAUUCUAAUUAAAAAUAAAUGGGACUGAUCUUCCAUUGCCUUAUCUUUCCUUUGUGAUGUAGAUAACAAUCCACCUGCAUCUAUUGAUAAUAUGGAUCUACGAUCUUCCGCAAUCAAUUACCAUCCAUGGGAAAUUGAAUAUUUUAUAUUUUA